AUGUAUUCAAAAAAGAUCAAGAAUAGAAACCAUGACAAAGGACAACCAUUUCUCCUGCCUACUAUUUCAGAAGGAAAGCAAGAGUUGGGAAUUGGAACUUAUAAUCCAGAAAAUGUGAAGAAGUUGAUUGCUGAAGCUAUUAUUAUGCACGAUUAUCCACUGUCAAUUGUGGAUCACGUUAGUCUUAAAAGAGUAUUUGUUUCUCUCCAACCAUUGUUUAAAGUUCCUACCAGAAACACAAUCAAGAAGGAGGUAUUGAAAGUUUAUGAUUUUGAGAAAAAAUAUGCUACGAAGAUGUUAGAUAGCCAUGAAGGAAGAGUGGCGGUUACCACAGAUAUGUGGACUUCAAGCAAAAAAAAAGGGUAUAUGGAACUUACGGCUCACUAUAUUGAUGGCUCGUGGACUUUACAGAGUCAAAUCUUGAGGUUCAUUUAUGUUCCAGCCCCUCACACUAGUGAAAGACUUGCUGAAGCACUUGUUAAUUGUUUAAUGGACUGGAACAUUGAUUCAAAGCUUUGUACUGUUACUUUAGAUAAUUGUAGCACAAAUGACUCCAUGAUUAGGAAAAUUAAGGAUAAGUUGUCGUUGGAAAGUUUGAUAAUGGAUGGGUCUUUGUUACAUAUGUGUUGUUGUGCACACAUCCUUAUUUUAAUUGUUCAGGAGGGGAUACAAGUGAUUAAGGAUGGAAUAGAAAAUAUUUGGGAUAGUUGGAAAUUUGCCAAAGAUGUUUGUGAGUGCUUGAAAUUGUUUAAUGAAGUAACUGAGUUGAUUUCUGGUACAAAAUAUCCAACUGCCAACUUGUACUUUCCUAAGAUUUGUAAGAUUAAGUUGGCAAUAGAGGAAUGGAAAAUGUCCUCCAAUUCAAUUAUUGAGGUUAUGGCCACAAAAAUGAUGAAAAAAUUUCAAAAUUAUUGGAGUGGUGUUCAUGAUAUGAUGGGAGUUGAUGCAGUUUUGGAUCCUAGGAAGAAGAUGGCUGUACUUAAUUUCUGGUUUCCUAAGUUGUAUGGUGAAGAUUCAAGUGCACAAGUUAGUAGAAUCAGAGAGAUGUGUUAUGAUUUGCUCAAUGAUUAUCAACAGAUUAAACUUAGAGAUGCACAACCUACUUCUCCAUCCAUUGGUACAACUACUGUUGUUGAUGAUGAGGCUGAAUUUGAUGCAUACAUUGAGACGAUUGCAGACAACUCAAGUUCAAGUGUUAAGUAUGAGUUGGAUCAUCAUUUGAAGGAGCCGGUUAUAAAAAAAACUCCAGAAUUUGAUAUUUUGAAUUGGUGGAAGGUAAAUGGAGUUGUGUAUCCAACACUUCAAGCAAUCUCAAGAGAUGUGUUAGUUAUUCCUAUCUCUACAGUAGCUUCUGAAUCGGCCUUCAGUAAUAGUGGUCGAAUAUUGAGUCUUCAUCGUAGCCGACUUAACUGGACUACCGUAGAGGCUUUGAUGUGUGCUAGGAGUUGGCUAUGGGCUGCUCAGAAUAAUGAAACUUCUAGAGUUACAGAAGAAAUUGCUACUGUGUUGAAUGAAAUGGAGUCUGACGAUGAAGGUAUUCUCUGA